AUGGGGCGAUACCCAACCAGCGGCUACUGCCACACGUGUCGAAAAAGGCGCGUGAAAUGCGCUCUUCUAAUUCAGGAUUUAUAUGAUGUAGACAAAGCCAAGCCAUCAUGCGGCCAAUGUUCUCGCUCCGGCCAUUUUUGCAGAGGUUACCAGCCUGUCCUACGGAUGCAGCAUUAUGUGGCUAUGAAUCAAGAUGGCGCCAAAUCGCCGUGCGUAGCGACCAAAAGUCUUAGCAUUCCGAAUGACGGGUGCUUAACGAGAAUGGCCAUGGGGAGAUUUGAUGAGGAGCUUCAUUCAUACUUCCAAUCUGUGUAUCAGUGGGCGCCUUAUUGGUAUCCGACGUUGAAGGCAGCGAUUGAUGCCGGCUCACCUACUGUGAACCGGCUUUGUAGUUUGGCCAUUAUAUAUGGGUGCAUGGGAAAGGAGCUAAAAGCUCCGACAAUGCUGGCGAAAUCUCAGGCCUUUUAUGCAGAAGCUCUACACCGAGCUCGAGAUUUGAUUGAGCAGACAGAUAAAACGGCAUUAGCGAGGCUGUGUAUUACUGCUAACAUAUACAAGUGGUCAGUGCAAGAUCGUACCGGGAAUACUCAUAUCGAUGGCUUGAACCAGAUUUUGGUGUACUGCGGACCCGAGUACUUUGAGCAAGAAACACUGAUUUCUACAUACAGAUCAUGUAGAAUCCUGCAUACUUGUUGGGGCGUUCGAAACCGACGGCGCUCCCUUUUCGAAGCUCCGAUCUGGGCGGCUGUUCCAUGGAAACGUCAUCUCAAUACAACCGAGGACACACUGCUCAAUAUUUUAAUUAAAAUCCCUGGGCUGAUGGAGGAUAUGGCCAAGCAGCUUGACUAUACGCAAUUCGAACACAUAAUAAGCGACUAUAUUUCGGAGCUUCAUCAAUGGCGUAUUGCGUGGCAUCAUGAACAUCCUACUGCUGUGUGGGAAACUUUUAUUGACAAAUCUGCCUCGAUUCUUUCCUUGGACGAGACCCUAUCAAAUCCUCUAGAGUUCAAUUCCGUAUCUUUGGCCCUGGAAAUGUUGUAUUGCGACGCCGCACUCGUACAGCUUACGCGGUUGAAAGGGUACAUUCUCUUUCCAUUCAUGCAACCAAAUGCAGUAAGACCUGAGGAUAUGGUAUAUAUUUGCCAAAUGGCUCAUGGAGCAAACGGAAAUGGUCUCUUGCUCCCUCAUCAAGUCCGAUUCGAAUGUCAAUUAGCCAUUGAAGCACUCAGGGUCACCCAGUACAUCACAAAUCGAUUGCAAAGCUCCCCAAUUGACCGAUAUAUACCACCGUCGCCUUUUGGCAUAGUAUACUGGGCGCUGAUGGAUGAACCUGAGGUGCAAAGUUGCGUAGCUUCCAAGCUGCUCAAGUGUCCGCCGUUCUCGAACAACAAGGCGUUUGAAGAAUUUAAAGUGGACUUUCAAGUUCCACGAAGGCUAUCAAAAGUCAAUUUAGAAAAUUAA